CCUACAAAGAUAUGACCACCAAGGCCAGCCCCUUGCACCCAUAUUGGCCUCGGCACCUGAAGCUGGACAAUUUUGUGCCUAAUGACCUCUUUGCCUGGCAUUUUGUCACUGGCCUCUUCUCCAUCUCAGGGGUCAUAGUCGUGAUCACAUGGCUGUUGUCAGGUCGAGCUGCAGUUGUUCCACUGGGAACUUGGCGUCGACUGUCCCUGUGCUGGUUCACAGUGUGCGGUUUCAUUCACCUGGUAACUGAAGGGUGGUUCUCCCUCUACCACAAGGAUAUCCUUGGAGAUCAAGCUUUCUUAUCCCAACUCUGGAAAGAGUAUGCCAAGGGGGACAGCCAAUACAUCACGAAUAACAGCUUCAUGGUAUGCAUGGAGUCUGUCACAGCUUGGAUAUGGGGACCACUCAGCCUGUGGAUAGUGAUUGCCUUUCUCUGUCAGCAACUGCAUCACUUUGUCCUACAGCUCAUGGUCUCUCUGGGCCAGAUCUACAGGGAUAUACUCUACUUCCUGACAGAGCAAUAUGACUGAUUCCCGCAUGGGGAGCUGGGCCACCCACUCUACUUCUGGUUCUACUUUGUCUUCUUGAACGCAAUUUGGCUGGUACUGCCUGGGGUGCUUGUGCUUGAUUCUGUGAAGCAGCUCACUCAUGCCCAGAGUACACUGGAUGCCAAGGCCACAAAAGCCAAGAGCAAGCAGAACUAACAACUGGGUUUUGAAGGCUGGCUGAUGUGGAACUCACUUCCUGCUAGAAGAGUCACAUCCUGCUCCCUUAGACUGAUGGAUGGGAACAAAAAGAACAGAAAGAACUACAGGCAGAAUGGGGGUGUGGUGUGAUAACUAUGUGGCGCUACUGGCAGAAGCCAUUAGGACAAAGGGAGAAGAGGACAUAGGAGGUCCAUGGUGGCAGCAAAUCCUGAAAAUCAGGAAAUAAAAGAUCUUGAUACUAA